AUAAUCAUGAGGAUUGUUCAGAGCCCUGACAAUGGCAACGUAACCACAGCAAACAGAAACGGGGUCGCAUCGCAUAGGAACGCGGACAAUAGGAGCUGGCUCCUCUCGAACAAUACCCGCCCCCAAAAUACAACUACUCACGACGUUGAUAAUAAAAAUUGCAACAACGUUUUUCUAGACAGUACAGAGAUUAAGGAUACAAAUUUUCAAUCUGAAGACUGUACUUUUGACGUCACCAUCGAAAGCGGAGUAUGUAAUAGACAGUACAGAAUCAAUAAUCAAAAUAUAUUCACGAACUCAUGUCAGAGAACCGUUACGGAAAAACUGGAACAAGAUAAUGUGAUUCAUAUUGAAAGCUCUCCAGAGACAACGCCCCUCGACGAAGAAAGAACAUUUGAAAAUUCAGAUACAGAUGAAAUGUCUGAAAACGUUGCACAUCCUGUACCUAGGGGCAUCGUGAAUCCGAACUAUCCCGGCUUCCAGCACUUGGCGCACACUUUGCAGGAUUAUUCAACGAACAUUGAAACAUUUUAUCAAUCGGAAAAUGAAAUGACAGAUGACGAUCUGGACACGGAAAAUAUAGAUGCAACUUGUCAGUUAAAAACAAGUGAGAGCGAAGUUAACUUUAAUAAUAACAAUAUAACUAAUUAUAAAUCUAAAGAAACUAAUCAACUGAGUGAUUUACAAACCAAAACUAAGAGUUCAGAUGACGCGCAAAAUGAUAUCCCAGAUCUAUUGAAAACUGUAUCUAAUAAUAACACAAUCGAAUCUAUAAGCUUUGAUUGCUCAGCUACGGAUAUAGAAAAUAAUUUUAAUACAAAAGAUAUAAUCGGUGAUUUCAACAAGGAGAUCGAGGAUGAAAUAAAACAACUUUUAAAUUACAACAUCAAUAUACAGGACGAUCUUGAAGAGUUAAGGAAAGACAUUAAAGAUACUUUUGCAAAACCGAUAGAAAACACGAUAAAUAAUAUAAGUGAUGUUAUGAAUCAUGUUAUAAAGAAAUUGGUAGAGACACAAAACGAUGGAGUAGAGAACGAAUUUGAUAUAACAUCUACAACAUACUCUAAGGAAGAAGCCGAGGAAUUAAACAACGUAAACAAAGAUAAUGAAAAAAACACAAGAAAGGAAAUGAAUUUAAGCAGGCCUACAUUUCUGUUAAUAGAAAAUCAUUCAAAUAACAAAAUACAAGAUGCUAUAUUAUCGGACGGCAAAGACGAAAUUAAUAUUUACGAACAUGAAUACGACACAGAAGCGUUAAGUCACAAUGUAGAGAAUACAAUAAAACAAUUAAGUACAGAAUUGAGAAAAAUUAUACCUAAAUUAAAUGAAAUGCGUGAACGUGACCGACUGUGGACUGAGAAUAUAAAAGAAACCGCUUCUGUUAUAAUGGAUGAUAAUUCCAAUGAAAUAAGUAAUACAUCUUCUACAACUCCAGCCGUAAAGUCUAACAGUGUAAAUUAUACUGAGAAAAUAAAACAAAAUAAAAAUGAAUAUAGCACCUCAAGUAAAUUUAGGAAAAAUUCCACAAUAUUACCAAGAUUUAAAAACUCGAUUUUCAUAAUGCUUUCCAGUGCGAAGAAGGCGUGUAGCGACCGAUUUUCAUCUCAGGCCAUUGCAUUAAAGUCGCCUAAUAGUCAAAAUACUGCAUCCGUCCGUAUAUUCGACAAUGCAAAGGAAUAUGAUUUCGAUGGUUUUGAUGUUUACAACAUUGAAACUGCCUUACCAAAAAUAGACUUGGAUGCCAUCGAAAGUCAUUUAAAAGCCGCAAAAGAAGCAGAAAGGCGGAAACGCAAUGACAGGGAAGAGAUCAGAAAACGACUGGCAAUGGAUGCUGACAGUGAGGAGUAUUACAGUUUAGGACACACGGAGAGACCUGGCAAGAAACCCAGCUUACAUUCACGUCUCCAGAAUGGGAAGAACCUACAAAUAUGUUUUAUGAAUGAGACUGCAUCAGAUAAUGAAUCCCAAGCAUCUGAUGUAGAGAAAACUAUAAAAAGUUCUAGCAAAACUUUACCACAUACAAGUAUUUUUGGAAUCAGUCAAAACCAUCCGUAUCAGACUAGGCCACUUUCAGUCAAUAUUACUAAAAAUGACAGUGCCCCACAAUGUGGACCUAAAUUGCGUCAAUCACCAUUCUCUUUAAAGACAUCAAAAUCUCGUUCAACUCAGUCAUUACAUCAGACUGAUAUCAAGGAGACUGAUUUCUACGCUCUGCAAGCGAGGCUGCAGACCGAGGCCAGGAUUGCUUUGGCUCAGGCUAAAGAAAUGGCUCAUAUACAAAUGGAGAGGGAGCGUCACGGGCGGUCCGUGUCGCCGGUGACGGAGAUGCUGCGGCGCAGUAUGGAGAAGGCGAGCGCGCCGCUGGCGGCCGACCGCCGCCGCGUCUCGCGCCAGCUGCUCACCGACAUGAACAUUGCUCAGUUACAGGUGAUAGUAAACGAGCUGCACUGCGAGAUCGAGUGGCUGAACGAGUGCCUCGUGCAGCUGCUGAUGGCGCGCGACGAGCUGCACAUGCGCCAGGACUCCAUGCUCGUCGACAUCGAGGACCUCACCAGAUACCUCGGUGUCAAAGAACAGAGCAAAAAGACGAAGGGUGCCGCUAAAUCGGGCGUAAAGCGACUCACGUCGUUAGUUAACAAAUAAGGUCCUCGCGCACUAAACACCUACACGAUAAUCAUUUUACAAACGAGCCUUAUACGUCCAGUUGGACCAAUCAUUGAAAUAUCUGCUCGCGACAAAUUAAAUACAAACAUAUUAAUACAUACAUUUCAUAGUACUAGCUUUUAACAUAUAAAUUUGUAUGAAGUUAGGGUGGGUAUACAUUAUGUGUUAAUCCAGGACGUGGAAGUUUUUUUUGUUAGAACCUUAUCGUCGAUCUCCAAAAGAACGACACCGUAUUUUUAAAUAAAUCUCAGGUCGGCUUUAGUAUUAUAUUUCGGUGUGUUCUAACAUAAUGUAUACGCAUUUUAACUACAUUUGUUAACCAUUUAAAAUAUUUUUUGAGUUUUCUCCUACCAAAGCUUUCAUUGAUUUCAUUAACUGUCGAAAUAUUUACUAAAACUGUCUUGUCUUUAUUUUCUCCAAAAUGUAUGAGAGGGAUAUAUUUUUGUAAAUGUCUCGGCAAUGAAAACUCUAGACGUAUGUAUUAAAAUGUUUGUCAAAACCCAAUGUAGUGAGAUUUUGUUGCCGGUAGUACAAUUUUACAAACACAAUUUGUGAUGUCCACUACAUUGUGUUUGUACACAUUUUGUCCAUAAUAUUAGUAAAGUCGGCAACACACCUUCAUUUUUUAACACAAUCUGUACAAUUAAAACUGGAGAUGUGUAGCUGGCGUAAUGUUUAAACAUAGUUAAAUCGAUAUAACUCGAUAUUUACCACUUACGUGUAUAAAGUUGUAUGUCUUGUAUAUCGGAGACGCUCCUUGUUGUCAUUUACUUCUAUUUAUAUAUUUACUUUGUAUAUAGAAGUUUUUACUAUCUCCGUCGCAUUUCUCCUUCUAUAUACGUUUAGAGAUGUUCCCCGCUUCACUAUUAAAUCUUUAGCUCAUAUAGUUGUAGGUAUUUUACGCGAAUUAGGAUAUAUAUUUUUUAUUAAAUUUUUUAAUUGCAGUGUUUUUAAUAAUCCUCAUAAGUUCAUAUAGAAUAAAAAAAAUAUUUGCGGAUCAUCUAAUUAAUUUUUUGCUUAAGUGUCUGUUUCCACUUUGACAGAUAACGAAAUAUACAAAAUAGAAGAAAUAAUUUGGAAAUAGCAAAGAUUUGUUUCCUUAACAGUACGCAUAUAGUACUUAAAAAUUACAAUUAUUUAUAAAUGUAUUUCAUAUAACAUCUAUCCAUGACUAUUAAAUAUUUUUCUUGCCAGAAUUAUUUUAAAAUUGGAAAUACUAUUGUAUUGUCACAUUUUAUGUUCCUAAUUAAUUAAUGAAAAUUAUUAUUAUUUUUAAUAGUAAUUUAUGAUUUUGGAUUAAUUAAAUUUUACUAUUGGAAAUUUGUAACUGACUUGACAAGAUUCGGUAUUAUGACGUUAUUGUAACCGUGGGUUUACAUGAGGAAAUAACAUUUUAUAGGUAUUUCGGCAAUGGAAAUCGACACUUUAAAUUAAAUUCGAUACUCACCGAUAUUUUUGCCAUUAUUUUUCGCUUCUAGUAAUCACACAUUCCCUUUACAACCUCCAAGUACAAUAUUAUAUUUCAUUAUUUUUAAUACAUUUCAAUUUCGAAAUAAAUGUCUCGAUUUUUAAUUUAGUUGUGAAGGGAAAAUUAUGAAAACUCAACUAUUUUGUAGGUAUUUUAAACAGGGUGUUGUAUUUUUUGUUUGAUUUCGUUGUAUUUACUUGUGUAGUGUUUAAUUGUAUUGUUUUUAAAAAGUGUAUUGGUUACCAGUUGUUUUAGUAUUAAACGAGCAAUGGGCGAAUAAACAAUAGAGAUUUUCGACAAAAAUAACAUCUAAGAAAAUUGUCUGUUUAAUUUAAAAACUAACCCGAUGUACAUGUAAUUUCGUUCGAGUUUGUUCACUUAAGAAGGGUUUAAUAAAACAUAACAUUUGUUACGCAAUACCUUGCCAGUUCAAUCGUCUUAUUUUUUGUUCACGCCCAUGUUCAUUUUAGUUAAUUCAUGGAAUUGGUAGUUUUACAUAAUUUUACUUUUAUCCUUUAGACUUGUUUAAGUAUCUCUUUAAUUGAUUUUUUAUUGUUAAGUUUAGAACAAAUUUCUGGAAAAUUAUCUAUAAACGGCUCACUAAAAUUAAAAUAAUUGAAAACCCUUAUCCUUUCAAUGAUGACACUUUCUAUUUUUAUAAAAACAGUACAUUUUUAAGAAAUUUCAGCUUAACCUUAUAGGGACCAGUAUUCAAACAUCCUUUGAAUAAAUAUUUUUCCAUUUACUUAAAAUUUUAAUUUUAAAGUUUUAAGGAUGAAAUGAAAGGUUUAUGUCA